AUGUAUCGCACAGAUGCUGGCCGUUUCAUGAAUGGCUUCUUUAUUUGUGCCGCACUGCUGUUCUUUCUGAUAUUUUUCAUAUUUUUCAUCUGUCCUCCCGCAGGUUAGAGCUUAUCAUCUUUGUUAGUGUGUAACCAUGUGAUAGUGUUUUUCUCAGUUCCACCUUUAUUCUCCACCUCCUUCUCAACACCAUCCGUAUGCUCGACAUGAAAACAGUACAAAGUAUUCCAAGGCCAAGCUCGGCCAGGGUAGAUAAAUCCCUGCUUUCCCAGGCCGCUUCAAACAACAUCCAUUCAUUCCUCUCCAGAGUCCAGAGCGUUUGUCACGAGACUCGAGCGUUAUCCUGCAGUCAUGCGUCUGGUGCUGUGUGUCGUCGCCGUUCUGUUCGGGUGUCCUCUCGGAGAGAUGUUUGUUCUGCAUCCUUCACCUGAGGCAUCUGCUGUCAAAGCCAACAGAUGCAAGGGAGAACUGGAAAUCAGGAAAAUCCUUCUGGAAUCUCUAAACCUCCAGCAGGAGCCUCGUGUGUCCGUGUCGAAGAUGCACCAUUUACGUGAGCAGUGGAAAGCCAGUAUGAGAAGCAGCCCCACAUCAGCACCAGCAGGUAACUCAACGUUUCCCGAGGACUCCAGAAACUCCAGCUGCUGCAAACAUUCCUGUCAGGUCUUCAUUAAAGAUCUGGGCUGGGAGCGCUGGGUGGUUUAUCCGGAGAGCAUCACCUUCGUCCAGUGCCGAUCCUGCGGUUCUGAGAGCGCAGACGCACCUGCGCAGUGCUGCAAGCCGACCGCUCACGGCAUCGUCCCGUUCCUCUACGUGGACGACUGGAGCGGUUGGGUUCUGUCCUCGGUGAGUCUGAUUCGCCAGUGCGGCUGCGACCCUGGAGAGCAAACACAGGACCCCGAGGUCAUGACCCCAUCCUAGAAAGCCUUCCUGACCCGCAGGUCACGUGAAACAGAGCCACAGAAAUGCAGUAGAGAAGCACAGCUUUUUGGAUUCGUAGGUUUAUAGCUAAGCAGACUUAUUUAGCGUCUUUUGCUGCUGUUGGGAGUCAGACUCUCUGACUCUUGUGGGCUGUAAGAGUGGACUCAUAUAAAGUUCUCAGAAGAGGCAAAAAAAGUUCUCAAUCUAAGCAUGUUAUUUGACUUUCACAGAAAUGCACAAUGGACCUUCUGUUAUAAAUCAGUUCAAGGCCAAAUCUGUUUUUAACUUCGGGCUUUUAUGGGCCUGUGGCUGCAGCAGCCAGCCAAUGUUCCCUGAGAAAAUGCUGUCGAGCAGCUCUGCCAAAACUCUCCCCGUGCGAAUCUGAGGACCAAACAAAGCGUUACAUCCAAAAUGGCCUUCCUUUAAAUCAAAUUCUAAUGUCAAUGAUUCCUCUAAUGUGGCGUCAGGCGUGAUUGUUAGCAUAACGUGAGCUGCGUGUUGAGAAAUGCCCGGUCUUGUUGAAGAAUCGAACGCACAUUCCAGCAAGAACAUUUCGACUGCGUGUUUGCAAAAACCAUCUGGCCAUAAAUCAGCAUCAUUUCAAAUUCAAUGUAUAAACAGUAUUCAACCCAGGGUUAUAAAUGAUUGAAUGUUUCAUAACUCGACUUCCAUGUUGUAGGCUACACAGCAUUGUAUUAGAAAAUAUCAAAAGCAUUUCAUGUAAUCCAGGAAUGGCAAACUAACACUUUCACAUGCAUGUUUAGCUAGUAUUUAACAAGAUUUACACUUUAUAUCAAAUGUAUCAGCAGAAUGUUUUAUUAAAGAAAGCUUUCAUGGCAU